AUGGAUCAAUGGAAAAACAUAGCUUUUUCCAAGGAGGAAGAGGAAGGUGUGGUGGUGGCGGAGGAAGAAGUGUGCGAGGAAGAAACAUUUCAGACGACUAUGGAGGGAAGACUCUGGAUGGAUAGCAGUUACAACGUGAGAGCUUUUAAGAGCACUAUGGUUAAUGCUUGGAGGCUGAAGAACCAUGUGGAAAUUCAAGAUCUCAGCAAAAACCUCUUAUUCAACUUCGCUUCGAAGAGGGAUUUGGAGUCAGUUCUAAAGAAUGGGCCUUGGAGUUUUGAUAGAGCUCUGUUAGUCUUGAAUAGGGUCUCAGGUGAAGAGCAACUUUCAGAUCUGAAUAUGCAUUUUAGCCCUUUCCGGGUUAGAAUAUAUGAACUCCCGUUGAUGCUCCGAUCUGAGGCCAUGGCAAGGAAGAUUGGGUCUAUUUUCGGUACUUUCGAAGAGAUGGAUACAAGAGAAGCAUGUAGGAAUGGGCGCUUUCUGAGAAUCAAGGUUACGGUGGACCUAAAAUCACCACUGAAAAGAGGAACAGUGGUAAAAUUCAAAGAGAAGAACCUGCGGGUGCAUUUCAAAUAUGAGAGGUUACCGACUUUUUGUUUCGUCUGUGGGAGGAUCGGGCACCAACUGAAAAACUGUGAGUCCCUGGAAGAGCUAAUUGAAGAAGGUUUUGAGGAGCUGGAGGAACAAGAUUUAUCCUAUGGGCAAUGGUUAAGAGUUUCACCGUUACCUAAGAUGAGUGAGCAAGUCAGGAAGAAGGAGUCCAGUUCUGGUACAUGUAGUAAGAACUUGUUCAAUGCCUCUUCCAGUCAGAGUAGAUUCGAUCCGAAGGAGAAAGGCUUGCUAGAGGAAAAUGAAGUGCAACAAAAUCAUGAGGGUGGAGAUCCAGAGGGGCUUGUUUCAGAAAAAUCAAAGGCAAAUCUAGAUGGGUUAGACAUUGAGACAGUAGCUGAAUUCUUAGGCGAUGUGGAUCUUUCUGUAGCAGAACGGUGGAAACCAUGA